AGUCUCUAUUUUCCACUUCAAUAGCUGAUGUUAAUUUUUUGCCCGCUUAGUCGGACGUCGAAGCUUUUUCCUUCCACGCGUCGCCCUAAUAACAUCGAUCCGAAGCACGAAACCCACCUUUAACAUCCUACCCCAACCGAAAAACAUCCAAGAUGGGUCAGAAAGUUUCGCGGAGCGACUUUGAGUGGGUGUACACAGAGGAGCCGCACGCCUCGCGCCGCACGCUUAUACUGGAGAAGUACCCACAGAUCAAGAAGCUCUUCGGCCACGAUCCUAACUUCAAGUGGGUGGCCGGCGCAAUGGUGCUUACCCAAAUCCUGUCACUGUUCAUAGUGAAGGAUCUGUCGUGGUCUUGGCUUUUUGUGGCCGCCUACUGCUUCGGUGGCAUUAUCAACCACUCGUUGAUGCUGGCCGUCCACGAAAUUUCCCAUAAUUUGGCCUUCGGACAUAGCCGACCCAUGCUGAACAGAAUUAUGGGUUUCAUCUGUAACUUGCCCAUCGGCUUGCCUAUGAGCAUUUCGUUCAAGAAGUACCAUCUGGAGCAUCAUCGUUACCAAGGGGAUGAGUCAAUUGACACUGAUAUACCCACACUGCUAGAGGCGCGUCUUUUUGAUACCACAUUUGGAAAGUUUUUGUGGGUGUGCCUGCAACCUUUCUUCUACAUUUUCCGACCACUAGUCAUAAACCCGAAGCCACCUACGCGCCUGGAAUUUAUUAACACUGUGGUGCAACUAACUUUCAACGCAUUUAUAACUUACUUUCUUGGAUGGAAGCCGAUGUCUUAUCUCCUGAUCGGUAGCGUUCUCGCGAUGGGCUUGCACCCGGUGGCCGGACACUUUAUUUCGGAACAUUAUAUGUUUUCUAAAGGAUUUGAAACGUAUUCUUACUAUGGCCCGCUUAACUGGAUUACUUUUAAUGUGGGCUAUCACAACGAGCAUCAUGACUUCCCGGCGGUGCCUGGAUCAAGGCUGCCAGAGGUUAGGCGCAUCGCCAAGGAAUUUUAUGACACUAUGCCCCAGCACACCAGCUGGACCCGGGUACUUUACGACUUUAUCAUGGACCCAGCAGUGGGACCAUAUGCCCGAGUGAAGCGACGCCAGCGGGGCCUGGCCUCCUAAAUAUUCGAUGUUAUUAAAGGUUUCCUGCCAUGAAUGAAAUCUCAGCGCUAGAGCUUAAGCGGCUUAUAAUGUAUAAAAACAUCGUAAAGACAUUUAUAGCGGUUGUAGAAGAGGGAAGCGACAAAAUACACAGCACCUGCUAAUCUCCAAUGAUUGACUGAAAGGCUCAUAGUUGAUAUACUGAAGUGUUUUGUGUUUGUGCUAGAGUGUGCGCAUAGUUUGACUCCUUGGCUUAACUAAGAAACACUUUUAAUUAUUAUACAAUUGUCCAACAAUUUUUAAUACAUAUACCCUCAUUGUCACCCUAACGACAGUUAACUACUAGUAGAUUAAAGCGACUACUAUUUUUGAUAGCCUCUUGAAACUGUGACCUAAGACUAAAGUUAAGGAAAUUGGCCAGGGGUGGCAGCAAGUAGAGAACACAGUUGAAAAUUAUGAGAAAAAUAAAACAUAUUGCUAAAUCUUUUA